GAUGCUUUCAUAGCCAUGGGCAAAGAAUCGUUGACAUUGAAGAGCAUUCAGGUGGCUAUAGAAGAACUGUACCCCAGCAGGGCCCGAGCCCUGACAUUGACCCAGCACAGCCGGGUCCCUUCUCCAAGGCUGAGAAGCAGGCUUUAUAGCAAGGCCCUGAAAGGGGCCCACCACUGUGGGGAGACUGAGGUCACCAAGAGCUGCAGUGAGGCUGCUGGGUGCAAGGCGGCCAUCAGGCCCCAGGGGAAGACCCCCGUGGAGCCGGAGCUGGAGGACAGGGUGAGGACCCAGAAGAAGUGGAUGAGGGGGAAACGGGAGCCUGAAUCUGGCAGCAAGCUGCCGAGGGAAGCCACUCUGGAGGAGAGGCAUGCAAGCGGGGAGAAGCACCUGGCAGUGGAGAUUGAAAAGACCUCAGGUGAAAUCAUCCGAUGCGAGAAGUGCAGGAAGGAGAGGGAGCUCCGGCAGAGCCUGCGGAGGGAGCGGCUCUCCCUGGGGACCAGCGAGCUGGACCUGGGGAAGUGCCAAAGGUAUGACGUGGAGAAGCUGGUGAGGACGAGAAGCUGCAGGAGGUCUCCUGAGGCCAACCCUGCAGGUGGGGAGGAAGGGGGGAAAGGUGACAGCCACAGGAGCAGCCCCAGAAAUCCCACUCAAGAGGUGAGAAGACCCAGCAAAAAUGCAGACAAGAAAGACGACAGAGACCCAGAGGGUCAGGAAAGCCAGACUCGGGGAGCAGCCAAAGCCAAGAAGGACCUUGUGGAAGUGCCACCAGGCACAGAGGAGGGGCCAAGGGAAGGGAAGAAAGACACCAGGCACGUUUGCAGGAACAAGCAUGCUGGCUGGCUCCUAAGAGAGCACAAGGCUGACUCCGAGAAGCUCCCCAGGGCCCGAGGGGAAGAGCAAGAGGCAGAGAAGGAGAGAAAGCCGUGUGUGUCAGGAAGGAAGAUGGCUCCCAGAGAUGACCAACCUGCAAGGGUAGAGAAGGAGCCUAAGACGAGGCCAGAAGAGAAUAAACCAGAACGGCCAAGUGGCCGGAAGCCGCGGCCCAAGGGCAUCAUCACAGCCAGCGUGGAGAAGCACUAUGAGACUGGCCGGGUCAUUGGGGAUGGCAAUUUUGCCAUAGUGAAGGAGUGCAGGCACCGGGAGACCAGGCAGGCCUAUGCGAUGAAGAUCAUUGACAAGGCCAAACUCAAGGGUAAGGAGGACAUGGUUGACAGUGAGAUCUUAAUCAUCCAGAGCCUCUCCCACCCCAACAUAGUGAAAUUGCAUGAAGUAUACGAAACGGAAACGGAGAUCUACUUGAUUCUGGAGUACGUGCAGGGAGGGGACCUUUUUGAUGCUAUCAUAGAAAGUGUGAGGUUCCCGGAGCAUGAUGCUGCCCUUAUGAUCAUGGACUUGUGCAAGGCCCUAGUCCACAUGCACGACAAGAGCAUCGUCCACCGGGACCUCAAGCCAGAGAAUCUUUUGGUUCAGCGAAAUGAGGACAAAUCUACCACCUUGAAACUGGCUGAUUUUGGCCUUGCCAAGCAUGUGGUGAGACCUAUAUUUACUGUGUGUGGGACUCCGACUUAUGUAGCCCCUGAAAUUCUUUCUGAGAAAGGUUAUGGACUGGAGGUGGACAUGUGGGCUGCGGGUGUGAUCCUCUAUAUCCUACUGUGUGGCUUCCCUCCCUUCCGCAGCCCAGAGAGGGACCAGGAUGAGCUCUUUAACAUCAUCCAGCUGGGCCACUUCGAGUUCCUUGCCCCUUACUGGGACAAUAUUUCCAAUGCUGCCAAAGAUCUGGUGAGCCGGUUGCUGGUGGUAGACCCCAAAAAGCGCUAUACAGCCCACCAGGUUCUUCAGCAUCCCUGGAUUGAAAUGGCUGGCAAGACCGGCAUGGUGAACUUACAAAAGGAGGUGUCCCCCAGCAGCGAGGGCCACUCCCGGAGCCAGCACAGGAGGGUUGCAGAGCCUGCAUCAUAGUCACUGCCUCGGGCAUCUGUUCAGCCCCCAGUUCUGCUCAAGGACAGAGAAAAGGAUAAAAGUCGGAGAGAAAAACACUGAAAGGGACUUCUUCACAUCAUUGGAGAACCAGAGGAGAGACAUUUAGUAUAUUUUAAAGCAUAUUAAAAAAAACUGCAUCAUAAUGUUAAAUGUUGU